AUGUCAAUUAUUAUUAAUUUUAUCUAUCUAUCUAUCUAUCUAUCUAUCUAUCUGAUUAAAACUUUUUUUUUUCUUUCUUUUUUCUUUCUUUCUUUUGCUUUUUUUUUCUUUUCUUUCUUUUUUUCUUUCUUUUUUUUUCUUUCUUUUCUUUUUUCUUCGUUUCAAUUGUCUCCUUUUUCUUUCUUUCAUUUUGGAGCCCUUGCCUUUCUUUCAUUUCGUCUCUUCUUUCUCCUUUUCUUUCUCUUCUUCAUUUUGGAGCCCUUUCUUUCUUUCUUUCAACUUCGUCUUUCUUGUCUCCUUUUUCUUUCUUUCAUUUUGGAGCCCUUUUUUAAUGUCAAGACUUUUCUUCAAUUGUCUUCUUUUCUUUCUUUCAUUUUUGGAGCCCUUUUUUUCUUAAUCCCUUGCCUUAAUGUCAAGUUUCUUUCAAUCAUUUUCCUUUUCUUUCUUUCAUUUUGGAGCCCUUGCUUUGUCAAGAAACUUCUUUUCAAUUUUCUUUUUUUUCUUUCUUUCAUUUUUUUUUCCUUGCCUUUUUUCAAGACUUCGUCUUUUUCUGUCUCCUUUUUUUUUUCUUUUUUCAGCCCUUGCCUUAAUUUUUCAACACUUCGUCUCAAUUGUAUCUUUUUUUUUCUUUUCUUUCAUUUUUUCCCUUUCAUAUUAAUUUUCUUUCAUCUUCUACAUUGUCUCCUUUUCUUUUUUUUGGACAACUUCUUUUUUCAAUACCUUUUCAAUUGUCUCCUUUUUUUUAUUUCAUUUUUUCAUUUCCUUAAUUCAAGAAAUCGUCUUUUUUCUUUUUCAUUUCUUUCUUUUUUUCUUUCUUUCAAGAUUUUUUCUUUUUGGAGCCUUUUUCUUUCUUUCUUUUUCCUUUCUUUCUUUUUUUUUCUUCUUGUCUUUUUUUUCCUUUUUUUUUUUUUCAUUUUGGAGCCCUUUUCCUCCUUAUUUCAAGACUUUUUUUUUCUUUUCUUUUUUUUUUUCUUUUAUUUUUUUUUUGGAAUUUUUUUCUUUAUUAAAUUUCAAUUUUUCGUUUCAAUUUUCUUUUUUUUUUUUUUUUUUUUUCUUACCUUUUUUUUUCCAUGUCAAGACUUCUUUCAAUUAAACAUCUGUCUUUCAAUUUUAUUUUUUCUUUCUUUCUUUUUGGGCCCUUUUUUUUUCAUUUCAGGCUUAAUUUCUUUUUUUCUUUUUUUUCGAUUGGAGCCCUUUAUAUUAAUGUCAAGACUUCGUCUCAAUUGUCUUUUUUCUUUUUUUUUUAUUUCUUUUUUUUUUUUAUAUUUCUUUUUCUUCUUUUCCUUUCAAUUUUCUUUUCUUCUUCCUUUUUUUUUUCUUUUUUCCUUUUUUUUUUUUCUUUUUUUUUUUUUCCAAAAGAAUUUUUUCAAUUUUUUUCUUUUUUCCUUUCAUUUUUUUCUCCCUUUUUUUGUCAAAAUUUUUAUCUCAAUUUUUAUUUUUUUCUUUCUUUAUAAUUCCAUUCUUGCCUUAAUUCAAGACUUCUUUCAAUUGUUUUUUUUCUUUCUUUUAACUUAA